GUAGUAAAAUUGAAUUAAAUAAUUAGUACAUGUUUAUUGUAGAUGUUGUUGAACAUGCAGGACCCUCGAUAGAUAUGAAAACGCGCCAAAACAUCAUACUACGGGAUUUCCAAUUUGGCGAUCGCAUACAAAGAAAUUAGUGCAUGGUCGCCCUUUCUUGUUUCUGUUAGUCUAGUAAUGGUUUGUGAACGUCGAGGUAUUAUAUGUUCAUGGAUUGCUGUUUAUAACAGAUUUUUUGUUAAAAUUAAGUAUUUUAAGUAAUUUUUGAACUUAUCUAAAUUUUAUGACAUGUAUAUUAAACAGAUCAUUAUUCAUGGAUUUAAGAGCUUUAAAGAACAAAUUAUCGUUGAAACCUUUGAUAAAGGACUCAAUGUUGUAGUGGGCCGUAAUGGAUCUGGAAAAAGUAACUUUUUUAGUGCUAUACAGUUUGUUCUUAGUGAUGAAUUUUCAAACUUACGCCCUGAGCAAAGACAAGCUUUGCUUCAUGAAGGAAUGGGUCCUAGAGUAGUUACAGCAUAUGUAGAAAUUAUAUUUGACAAUGCUGAUAAUCGAUUACCCAUUGAGAGAGAUGAAAUCACACUACGAAGAGUAAUUGGUGCAAAAAAAGAUCAAUAUUUUUUAAAUAAAAAAAUGGUCCAGCGUUUAGAAGUCACAAAUUUAUUAGAAUCUGCUGGUUUUUCACAUUCAAAUCCUUAUUAUAUUGUUAAACAAGGAAAAGUUAGUGAGAUGACUACUGUUCCUGAUUCUGAUCGAUUGAAACUUUUAAAAGAAGUAGCUGGAACUCGAAUUUAUGAUGAACGUAAAGAUGAAGCCAUUAGUAUAUUGAGAGAUACUCAAGCAAAAUUAGAAAAAAUUGAUGAAUUUAUUAAUAUGAUUGAAGAAAAAUUUUUAACAUUGGAAGAAGAAAAAGAAGAACUUAGAGAAUAUCAAACAUGGGAUAAAAAAAGAAGAGCUUUAGAAUUUUAUAUAUACGACAGAGAAUUGAAAGAAAUAAAAAAAAAGCAUGAUAAAUUAAAUAUAAGUAUUAAAAGUUUUGAUGAGAAACAAACACAAUUUGUAUUUAAGCUUAAAGAUGCAACUGAUCAAAUUAAAAAAGUUGCAAAAUGUCUGCGUGAUGUUAAAAGAGAAGUCAAUACCGUCAUUGAAGAAAAAGAAGCGCUUAGCCUAGAAUAUCAAGAGUUGAUGAAACAAAAAAUGAAGUUGAAAUUAAUUAUAAAAGAUUUGACUGAAGAAGUUGAUGGUGAUAAUAAAUCAAAAAAACAAGCAUUAAAUGAAUUGAAGAAACUUCAAAAUUCAAUUAAAAAGAAAGAGGAUGAACUUUUAAACAUAAAACCUAAGUAUGAAAACCUUAAAAGAAAAGAAGAGGAAUGUUCUAGAGUAUUAGUGUUAAAAGAGCAUAAACAAAAACAUUUGUAUGCUAAACAAGGAAGAGGAAGUCAAUUCUUAUCAAAAGAGGCACGUAACGAAUGGAUACAAAAUGAGCUCAAAUCUUUAAAAAAGCAACUUGAAAACAAAAUUGACCAUAAAGAAAAGUUAGUUAAUGAUAUACAGCAUUAUGAAAAACGACAUCAUGAACUUGAAUUGAAAAUUAAGGCUAAUCUAGUUGAACUGGAAAAACAAAGAGCUGCUAUUGACUCAUAUAAUACAAAUUUUUAUAAAUUCAAAAAUUCAAAAAACCAGCUUCAAAGUUUUAAAAAUGAAUUGUGGCGGCAACAAAAUGCAUUACAACAUAAUUUAUCCUCAGUGAAAGAAGAAUUGGCCAAAUCUGAUCAAGCAUUACGUAAUAUAGCAGGAAAAGCUAUAUUGAAUGGAAGAGAUAGUAUUAAGAAAGUAUUGGAUGUAUUUAAACAAAGAGGUGGAGCAUAUCUUGAUGAUGCUUCACAGUAUUAUGGCCAAGUAAUUGAAAAUGUUAAAUGUGAUAAAAAUAUUCAAACAGCAGUUGAAGUUACUGCUGGCGGAAGACUAUUUUUCCACAUAGUUGAAUCUGACAGAAUUAGUACUCAAAUACUAAAGGAAAUGAAUCAUCAAAAUUUGCCAGGAGAAGUAACAUUUAUGCCACUUAAUAGAUUAACUAUACGUGAUAUGAGAUACCCACAAUCUAAAGAUGCUAUUCCAAUGGUUAAUAAAUUAAAAUAUGAACCACACUUAGAUAGAGCUAUGAGAUUUGUGUUUGGAAAAACAUUAAUUUGUCGUAAUCUUGAAGUUGCUAUUAUGAUUGCUAAACAAAAUACAUUUGAUUGUAUUACUAUUGAUGGUGAUAAAGUAUCAUCUAAAGGAACUUUAUCUGGAGGUUAUUUCAAAAAUGAAAAAUCUAAAUUGGAAAUUCAAAAUCAGCGUAACCAUUUGCUUCUUCAAAUCAAAACGAUUGAAGAUGAACUUACCGGAUUAAAGUUUCAGUUAAAUGAAACUGAUACUAAUAGUAAUAUAAUUAUGUCUGAUAUGCAAAAAAUUGAAACCAAAAUGAGCCAAUCGAGAAGCAAUAUUGAUAAUUUGAAAGCUGACAUAAAUCUGUUAAAAGGAGAACUUGGAGUGAUUCAAAGUUGUCAAGCAUCAAAUGAAAAAUUACUAGUUCAAGCAUCGUCAAAUUUGGAAUCAAUGUUAAUUGUAAAAAAUGAAUUAGAAACUGAACUUCAUCAAGAGCUUCUGACUCAACUUUCCAUUAAUGAUCAAAAAGAAAUUGAUAUGUUAAAUGACGAAAUAAAAUCAUUAAGACAAGAACGUGAAUCAAACUUUGCUUUGUUAGUCAAGUUUGAAGCUGAUAAAAAUAAAUUGGAAAAUUUACUCAACAAUAAUUUGAUUAAACGACGAGAUGAACUUAAACAGGCAAUGCAAGAAAUAUCUUAUGAAGACCGGAAAAGAACUUUAAAUAACAGCCAAUUAGAAUUUGAAUCUGUAACUAGAACACUGGAGACACUUAACAUCAAUAUAAAAAAUAAUGAUGAAAGACUUCAAGACUAUAUGAAAAAACUAAAUAUUUACCAAACUGAUUUGGAUACAUGGAAAAUUGCUGAAAGAGAUGCUCAAGAAAAACUUGAAAAUGAGUCUCAAAAUCUAGUUACAGAGUUAUCUAAACAAAAUGCCUUAAAAAAAAAAAUGACUGACUGUCAAGCUAAAAUUAGUGAUUUUGGACCUUUUCCAAAUGCAGAAUUAAUGAACAUAUAUUCCGAUUAUUCAUCGAAGAAUUUAUUUAAGGAGUUAGAAAAUGUUAACAGUAAUAUGAAGCGCUUUAAAAAUGUCAAUAAAAAAGCUUUUGAUCAAUUUGUAUGUUUUUCAGAACAAAAAGAGAAAUUAAUAACUAGAAAACAAGAACUUGAUAGAGGCUAUAUAAAAAUUAAAGAACUAAUGAAUGUAUUAGAACAAAAAAAAUGUGAAGCAAUUCUUUUCACAUACAGACAAGUGUCAAUGUAUUUUACUGAAGUAUUUAAAAAACUUGUGCCAAAUGGGUUUGCACAACUAGUAAUGAAAUCAGCUAAUGAAAAUAAUUCUACUACAUCGAGUUCAGAAAAUGAAAAUAAUAUUGAUAGUUAUACUGGAAUUAUGAUAAAAGUUUCUUUUGAUGAUCAUGGUACAGAAAUGUGUGAAAUGAAACAAUUGUCUGGUGGUCAAAAAUCAUUAAUUGCUAUGGCAUUCAUAUUUGCUAUUCAAAAAUGUGAUCCAGCACCAUUUUAUUUGUUUGAUGAAAUUGAUCAUGCCCUAGACCCUCAACAUCGGACUGCAAUAGCUAAUAUGAUACAUGAAUUUUCUGACCAUGCUCAAUUUAUUGUUUCUACAUUUAGACCUGAAUUAUUGCUUUACGCCAACAAAUUUUAUGGAGUUAAAUUUCGCAAUAAGGUCAGUCAUAUUGAUAGUAUUACACGAGAUAUAGCUUAUGAUUUUGUCGAAGAUGAUGAAUCGCAUGGUUAAAUAAUAUUGUUAAGAACUAAUUUUUAUUUUCAAUGAAUUUGUAUAGAUUUUUUCUUUGUUAUUUUAAUGUUGUAUUUUGCAGGGCUAUUAUAAAGCUAGGACUAUUGUUUGUAUUGAGUUUUAAAUAUUUUGUAAGAUAUUUUACUUUUGUUCCCUUGUUUUAUUUUGUUGAGUUUUUCUGUUUUUGUUAUACUGUAAAUUUCUUGAUUUGUUUUCAAAUAUCAGAUGUUAUACAUGUUUUUGAUAUUAUUAUAAUUGAAAAAUAAUUUCUUAGAUAAAUUUGAAAAAAUUGAAUUUUUAAAAGUAUGAAAAAAAAUAGUAGUUUAACUGUAUUUAAGCAAAUAAAUAAACUGACAAAUAAUAAUAAAACAUAAUAACAGUUUAUUA